AGGUUCUUAAUUUUCAGAAUAUAGUGUUGAAAAGGCAAAUUGUGCCUGAGUUUAGAACAUAACAUAUAAUGCAAGGGGGAUGGACAAUAAGAACAAGUAGCUUUAGAUCCACUGCUACUCAUAUACAUUCUGCUGAAGUAUAAUAACAUUAAUUAGCGCUGAUAAUAAAUUCCUGAUAUGAAAUAUAAACAUAUCGAGUUCUACAAAGAAACUAGAGCGAAGAAAUAAUAUAACAGUUUUUACUUGUUGUUUAACUAGUCGUGAUACAAGGAAAAAUUGAAGUACAUUUGUUGUUAUCAUUAAUUCAUAUAGUAUUACCAAUUCAUAUUUGAAUGGUUUAGAUAAUUUGGUAGAUAAGAAUUGGCAAGCAAUACCACUCAAGUACAUAUUUUGCAUAAGCCUACCAUUGAAGAGAUGAAUUUAUAUAGCUUAAGUAUUUAAUUAUGUUGUUUCAAUUUAGGAGAGGAGGGAAAAUUCAUUAAUUCUAUUAAAGAUCAAGCAUGUAGGUGUUU